UAAACAAAGCAAAGCGAAUAAACAAUUACACUUUUUUUUAAUGGUUCAUCUUUGCUACUAUUUUAGAUAACGUUUUAAGAACUUUUAAACUCUUUAUAACUAUUUAUUUAUUUAUUUAUUUAUUUAUUUAUUUAUGUAUUUAUAUUAUUGUUCUUUUAUUCCUCCACACCGACAGGGGCGACAGUGCGGCCUUGAGCCCCGGCACUUGCUUGACAGCUCCACCCGCGGUGGGGACUCACUGGCUCGGCAAAGAAGGUGGCGGUUGUUUGCUUGAGGAGGGGCGUGUAAGGGGAAACAAACAAACCAAAAAAAAAAUAAUAAUAAUAAUUUAAGGUGAAUGGGAAAACCGCCCAGGCGUAUCUGGGACUGGGGGAGAAGGUUAUUACGGAAACUGGGAGUGUGUUUGUCUCAGAAAUAAGAGAGGCCUGAAUUUGCCAACAUGGCAGGUAGUGAAGCCCCGGGAAACGGGAUCAAAUUAGGAGCUGAAAAAACUGUCGGGACCAGGAGACAAAGCGAAGCCAAUAAGAAGCUGAAGUACAUCAGCCUGGCCGUGCUGGUCGUGCAGAACGCCUCCCUCAUCCUGAGUAUCCGUUACGCACGCACCCUCCCUGGGGAGAGAUUCUUUGCCACCACGGCUGUGGUCGUGGCUGAGAUGCUCAAGGUUGCCACCUGCCUGCUGCUGAUCCUGCUCCAGAAGAGAGGGAAUCUGAAGGAGUUUUUGGUGCUGUUGUACGACUCGAUCUUCGUACAGUACUCGGACACGCUGAAACUGGCCGUGCCGUCUCUCAUCUACACCCUGCAAAACAACCUCCAGUACGUGGCGAUCUCCAAUCUACCCGCAGCCACCUUCCAGGUGACCUACCAGCUGAAGAUCCUGACCACCGCCAUAUUCUCCGUCCUGAUGCUUCGCAAGAGCCUGUCUAGGCUGCAGUGGGUCUCGCUCCUGUUCCUCUUCGCUGGCGUGGCCAUCGUCCAAGUGGAACAAGAAGGGGGGAGGAAGGAGGCCUCUGUCGAAAACGACAGCCAGAACUACGCCAAGGGACUGGCGGCCGUUAUCGUCUCCUGCUUGUCUUCCGGCUUUGCUGGGGUCUACUUCGAGAAGAUCCUCAAAGGCAGCACGGCUUCGGUCUGGAUGCGGAACGUCCAGUUGGGGAUCUUCGGGAGCGGGCUGGGCCUUUUGGGGAUGUGGUGGAACGACGGGGCCGCCAUCGGGGAGAAGGGCUUUUUUUUCGGGUACACGCCCUUGGUUUGGGGGGUCAUCUUCAACCAGGCCUUCGGUGGGUUGCUGGUGGCGGUGGUGGUGAAGUACGCGGACAACAUCCUCAAGGGUUUCGCCACCUCGUUCUCGAUCGUGGUCUCCACGGUCACCUCGGUGUACCUCUUCGGGUUUCACGUGGAUCUCCUUUUCGCUCUCGGGGCUGGGUUGGUGAUCGGAGCGGUUUACAUGUACAGUCUUCCGAAGGCUGCGUCCGGUCUGCCUCCCGGCUUGCUGCCUUCCUCCCCCUCCUCGUCGUUGUCGUCUUCUGCUGGGUCCGUUUCCUCCGGGGGUAGGAACCCAAUGUCGGGAGGGACGGAUUCUGAGACGGACCCUUUUUUAGCCAAGAAAGCAGCACAAACACAGCUGCAAACAUCAUAUGAAAUGUAAUUUGAAUCUAUGGAAGUUCGAAAACCAACCAAGGAAAAGGGAUGCUAGCGAUUGGCUGGGGACCAUGCCAAGUGGGCGGGGCUUGUCUGAAGAGUCUUCUCUGUGCCCAAACGGUGCCUUCACACUACAGUGCUCCUAUGCCAGCCAGUUUAAACUGGGUUAAUUAAAAAAAACCAGCUUGAUCAACACACACUUUGAAAUGAUUUCUCUGCUCCACCAGCAAAGGGUAGAGGGAGUUGUUUUUUUUUUCCCUGAAAGGUAUUAAAUCAAUUCGCAAUUGCUUUUAAGAAGUAUUUAUGGGCAGUUAUUAAAUACCAAUAAACGGUAAUUAUCUUCCUCGUUGAGUGUUUCAAAAGGUGGAAGUUGAAUUUGAUCUAAAUUGUGACGUAAGUUGAGGGUAUUUUGAGAGGCAUUUUACCCAGAUGCCUGGAGAAUCUCUCUAGAUAGCAUGAACCAAACCACACACGGUUAUCUUUGCAUUACCCCUAAAAAUAUGCUUUACAAUGCUUUCCUAUGCUUUACCAGACCUCUCUGUGCUUUACAAUGCUUCUCUAUGCUUUACCAGACCUCUCUGUGCUUUACAAUGCUUCCCUAUGCUUUACCACACCUCUCUGUGCUUUACAAUGCUUCCCUAUGCUUUACCACACCUCUCUGUGCUUUACAAUGCUUCCCUAUGCUUUACCAGACCUAUCUGUGCUUUACAAUGCUUUCCUAUGCUUUACCAGACCUCUCUGUGCUUUACAAUGCUUCCCUAUGCUUUACCACACCUCUCUGUGCUUUACAAUGCUUGCCUAUGCUUUACCACACCUCUCUGUGCUUUACAAUGCUUGCCUAUGCUUUACCACACCUCUCUGUGCUUUACAAUGCUUCCCUAUGCUUUACCAGACCUCUCUGUGCUUUACAAUGCUUCCCUAUGCUUUACCACACCUCUCUGUGCUUUACAAUGCUUCCCUAUGCUUUACCACACCUCUCUGUGCUUUACAAUGCUUGCCUAUGCUUUACCACACCUCUCUGUGCUUUACAAUGCUUCCCUAUGCUUUACCAUACCUCUCUGUGCUUUACAAUGCUUCCCUGUGCUUUACCAGACCUCUCUGUGCUUUACAAAGCUUCCCUAUGCUUUACCACACCUCUCUGUGCUUUACAAUGCUUCCCUAUGCUUUACCAGACCUCUCUGUGCUUUACAAAGCUCCCCUAUGCUUUACCACACCUCUCUGUGCUUUACAAAGCUCCCCUAUGCUUUACCAUGCUUUCACUGUGCUGCAUUACACUCUACUAUGGGAAACUUUUGUAAGAGCAGAUAUUAUGUUUGAUAUGACGUGUUUCUUUCAAACUUGUGUGAGCUACAUAACAAUUGCAGUUACCGAGAAGUAUUCUUUAUUUAAAACCAAGUUAUUUUUAAGGGAACUUGUUUUAUUAUAAUUAAUGUUGCAUAUUAAACCGCAUUGCCUUAUACAAAGCAAUGUCUCCUUGAAGGGCAAUUCUGUUUGCUGAUAAAACUGUGAAUUUUGAAAAGGUUUUCAAACUGGAACGCUGCUAAAAUGUUAAUUAGCAUGCAAUCAUUUCUAACUUGUAUUCAUUCCUAACUUGUAUGUCCACUUUACAUUUUAACACUUCUCAGAUAAAACUUGUUUCAAUAUU